AUGUUCCGUAUCAAACCAGACAUGACAUAUGCGAGAAAUCAUCACUCUAGUCAUACAAUGUCAGUCACGCCUGAACUCUCCUUGCACAAUUGCAGCGACAACCGCUACACCAACAAGUACUGGAACGACAACAAAGAGUCCGUAAACAAGGGCAAGGUGACCAAUGCCCUGCGCGCGGGUGAGACAGGGACCGUCGUCAGCGAAAACAAUCUCAAAGGACUGACCGAAGCGCAGCAGAUCGAACUGGCCAUACAACUCAGUGAGAAGGAGGAGAAGUCCCGUCAGGCCAGAUAUGGGGGUGGUUCCCAGGUCGCUACCCAGUCUUUCAACACGCCGGCGGUGUCCAACACCAACACCAACACGAGCUCUGCCAGUGGGUUCGAUGCGAACAACCCGUUUAACGACAACGGUGGUACGUCGUCGAAUGCAAACGCUACUGCCGGCAUGAGUGUCUAUGAUCGACAGAAGGCGUUGGAAGAGUCCAUUGGAGAAGCGGGAAUCCAAAAGAUGAUAGCGAAGGAGCAGGACUUGUCGGAGUUGGAGCAGUGCUUCAAAGGGGACGGUAAUAAGCGGUCCAUGCGACAGCACGGCUUUAAAGACCUGCACACUCUGUGGGGCGCAGGAGAUUGUGCUGUGCUCGUGUGCUUGUGCAUACGCAUGCUGCUGAACAACCAGCUGGCGUUCAAGGAUGUGACAGCCACCUUUGGUCAUAAGGCGGUGAAUGUUUCUGCGGAACGCCGAAGUCUGCUGCAGUACCUGUACGACAAUGCAGUAUCCGUGCCCAAGCUUAAAGAACCACUUCUGAUGGAAGCCCAGUGUCAGUUUGCGGACUCGUACAACAUGAACCCGGUAGAACUGAUCCAGAAGCAUAUCACUAAGAUGUCCAACGAGGGUGUGUACCUGGGUAUCACAGAGAUGGGCGCCGGUCCCUAUCGCGACAACUAUGUGCUCGUGUUUGUGCGGGAGAAGCCCGCGGGCCUGGGGGGUGGCCUGGAUGUGAGCGGUUUGGUAGCACCCCCAAACGCUACAAAGGUCUUCUACACCCUCUUCCACGAUUCGGGACACUUUGAUCUGCUGGAGGCAAAUCCGGGCCAACCAGGCGACUCGUCGAUCUUUGCGGGUGCGCCGGCGGCGCUCCGAAGUGACCUGGAAACCCUGCUGCAAAGUUUUAGGGACCAAUCGAGACGGCCGUCAGCUGCAAAUCAACUGUCCCAAACUCCCAGCCAAGGACAGAUCCAGUCACAAACGCUGUCCAAUCCGAGCUCCAUAUCUUCGCACAAGGAGGAGCUGAGGAAAGCGUCGCUGGUAGGGAGCGGCAAGCCAGACGAUCUCUGGAACGCCCAUGCGGGUCUGUUCCAGUCGAGUGCUGCCAGUACACCCAGCCAGCCGCUCAAUAGUAUGCCCGCGUCAUCACAUAGCCCACAACAGCAGAUGCCAUCGCAGAGCAACAAUGCGUAUGGGGCACCGCCGCAAUCACAGAGCGGGAACAUGCUCGUCCCAGAGGGAGCACAACCCAGCUACAAUGCGGAUGCGGAACGCGAGAUGAAGCUGAAACGCUUGCAGAACCAGCUACAAGGUAUGAGUCUCAGUGGCCAGAACCGGUACGGCAAUAGUAUGGGGGGUAUGCAGCAGCAGCCUAUAGGGGGUGGCUACGGUGGUAUGGGCAUGGGCAUGGGCAUGCAACCUCAUCGGAUGGGAAUGCAACAGCCACAGAUGGGAAUGGGUGUCCAACAACCGUAUAUGGGCAUGCCACCCCAGCAGCAGUUAGUGAUUGGCUCCGGCGGUAUGCAGCAGCAAGGUGGCUAUAACCAGAUGGGAGGUGGACAGCAACAGCAAAUGUAUGGCCAACAACAGCAAGGACAAGGUUACCAGCAACAGGUUGGCAAGAAUCCGUUUUAUUAGCUCAUGAACAAUACAUGAACUGGUUGGCAGGGUCAUGUCCUUGCAGUUCAGUUGAAAUAAACAUUAGUAUAAAUAUACAGCA